CAUCGUUUUCGUUUUCUAUAUAAACCGAACCGAGCCAACACAGAAGCUAAAACAAACCAACUACUAUCCUUGAGACCCGAAAUGGAUCAAUCCGAGAGCUCGCCACAGUCCAUAUUAUCGGACAGAGUCACGGUCAAUGGGACCGUCACGCAGUUGACUUUAACCGCUGAUGGAAAGCUCCGGUGGACGGACAGAGGUCAACGGUGUUUGACCAUCGAAAAAGAGGUGCUUGGAUUUGUAAUCGAAGGAGCUAGAAUAAGGAUCAAGGCUGUUGUUGAUAGUGAAGAUAGCAUCUUCUGUGCAGGGAGUAAGGGAACUCUGGUCAGGAAGGAUUUCGUGUUCCAUCCUCUAAAUGAGGACCAGCAAAGAAUUUGGUUUCAGCAUCUCCGUGAUUACCUCGAUUCUCUCGGUCGGCCAAAGAGACUGUUUGUUUUUGUGAAUCCAUUUGGGGGAAAGAAAUCUGCAUCGAAAGUUUUUCGUGAUGUUGUAAAACCGUUACUGGAAGACGCUGAUGUCCAAAUUACAGUGCAAGAAACAAAACAUCAGCUCCAUGCCAAGGAGGUUGCUAACACCCUUGAUCUUACCAAAUAUGACGGUAUUGUUUGUGUUAGCGGAGAUGGCAUCCUUGUUGAGGUGGUGAAUGGAUUUUUGGCCAGAGAGGACUGGAAUGAUGCAAUAAAAAUGCCUCUUGGAAUGGUUCCUGCAGGUACAGGAAAUGGAAUGGCAAAAUCUCUUCUGGAUUCAGUUGGGGAGCCUUGUGAAGCAUCUAAUGCCAUUCUUGCAGUAAUACGAGGCCACAAGCGCUCACUGGAUGUAGCUGCUAUCUUGCAAGGAGAGACAAAAUUUUUCAGUGUCUUGAUGCUCUCAUGGGGUCUGGUAGCAGAUAUUGACAUUGAGUCUGAAAAGUACCGGUGGAUGGGUACUGCUCGUCUUGAUUUCUACGCUAUUCAACGAAUAAUCCAUCUAAGGAAAUAUAAUGGGCGCAUUUCUUUUGUACCUGCACCUGGCUUUGAAUCUUAUGGAGAGCCAAGUAAUUACAAUGGCGAAACCACAGGCAAACAGAGUAUUUCAAUUUCCAGCCAAGAACAACCUGUUAAGAUUGAUCAACAUGGAUAUCAGGGACCUGAUGUUGACUUGAUCAAUCUGGAAUGGAGGACAAUUAGUGGACCAUUCGUUUCAAUCUGGCUGCAUAAUGUACCUUGGGGUGGGGAGGAUGUCAUGGCAGCACCUGAUGCCAAGUUCUCAGAUGGUUAUUUGGACUUGAUACUCAUCGGUGAGUGCCCAAAAUUAUCCUUACUAACGUUGCUGUCAGAGUUGAAAACAGGGGGUCAUGUCAAAUCACCAUAUGUUAUUUACCUCAAGGUGAAAGCAUUUGUUUUGGAGCCUGGUCCACGGGCCGAUGAACCGAUGAAGGAAGGGAUCAUUGAUGUAGAUGGUGAAGUCCUUGCCAGAGGGAAUGGAUCAUACAAGUGUGAGCGGCCGACUUUGAUGGCCUAUGAUAAACUUCAAAUAACAGUGGAUCCAGGUUUAGCUACUCUUUUUACCCCUGUAUAACGUUAUGUGGAACUCUCACAUGAACGUGGUGACGUAAUUUUACCUUUUCUUUUUUUUUUAAAAAAAAAAAUGUUUUACAAUGAAUAUGAUUAAUUUCAUCCA